UGAUAUAUGGACAAGUUAAAUAUUGUGAACAGUAUACGCAUUAUUGCUUUGUUGUUACACCUCCAGGCCUAAAUGCUGCAUUAGAAGAAAGUUAUGUAAACUUUCGUUUGGAAGCUCCAAAAGAGGUUGCCUGGCAUAAUGAUGCUGAAAACAAAACAAUAAUAUCACAACGUAAAGCAGAAUCAUAUGUAGAACCUAGUCCAACAGAAUUUCAAAGUGACCUUAUACUUGAUCAAGAUAAUAGUGGAAUCAUUGGUAACAAUUUUGUCGUCAAUUUUAAACGUUUACAAUCCGUUCAAUCCAACACUAUCCGCCAUAAACAACCUUUCGUUUGGGCAAUCUCUUAUACGAAUCCAAAAUCAUCCGCUUUUAAUGCAACCAUUGAAAAACAUGAUUGGACUGGCCUUACAACAUUAAGAUUAACACAAAGUGGACAAACUGACGGUGUUUUGACUACCUAUGAUAGAUAUAUUAUUGCUCAUUCUACCUUAAUGUUUAUUGCUUGGUUUGUCAUUACUCCUGGAUCAAUCUUUGUGGCUAGAUUUGGUAGAAACAUUUUACCUUCAUCUUGGUUCAAAAUACAUUGGAUUGCUCAAUUGUUUGUUGCCACUCCCCUUGUAAUUAUUGGUUUCAUCUUACCAAUAGUCGCCGUAGCUGGAAAUGUUGUUUUUGAUGAAACGCACCAGAUUGUUGGUUUGACUCUUUUUAUUGGCCUAUUUGUCCAAUUAAUCAUUGGCGGAGUUCAUCAUAAACUAUACGAUCCUUCACGUAAUUAUACACCUUGGUGGACUCAUCUUCACAAGUUGUUUGGCAAAUUACUUUUCGUCUUGGCUUCAUUUCAAGUACCAUUAGGUUUAGCACUUUACAAAGCAAAUCCCUAUUACAAAUACAUUUUCUACGCUUACUUUUUCGUUCUUAUCAUAGCAUAUGGCGUGCUUUCCUUUAAAUUAUGGAAAAAAAGUGGAAAUGUCAAUAAAGCUAGUGGAUUUAAAAGAAUGCCCGAAGUUUCUGAUAGACCAUAA